UGUAAAGUAAAGUAAAUUUUAUUUAAAGUCGGCACUAUAUACAUUCAACAUGUCAAACCGACUAUCACAUUGUACACUACACUGUACUACUACCACCUGACUGCUGCUACUACUACUGUCCAACAUGUUAACGUUAUCAUUGCACCUUUUCAUUUUAUUGCGGAGUGUUGAAUUACGAACGAAUAGUCUAAUAACCUUUCUCUACACUUUAAGGUCUUCUGAAACAAGUAUCAGCUUAGUCUUGCAGUGUUACAACACUGCAGUCUUACAAUUUUAUGAUACAGUCCUACACUACUUACAUUAUACAGUCUUAUUAUAUGAUACAAUCUUAUAAUAUAUUCUUACAACUGUAUUUUUAAUACAGUCUUAUUAUUUGAUAUAGUCUUACAAUCUUAUAAUACAUUUACAUUACAAUCUUAUAAUGCAGUCUUACACUGUUACAAUAUACAUCAUGAUAUCUAACAAUUGCAUCAGCAUGUGUAUAGUAAGAUAUCAUGACACAUGAGCAGCAACUAUUUUUCAAACCUGGCAGUCAAGUUUACUUGUAUUUUUCUCUCUUGCUAAAGAUGAACAUGGAUCUGAACCACUUGGAGUCAAUCUUCCCUUCCCUUGUGGAGUCAGGCAUCUUACUGUCCUCUCUGGCCGUGAUUUUUGUCUUUUGGAAUCACAGUUGUCUGGACACUUCACUGCUGAGACUACUGAAGUGUCACCUUCCAAGAUGCAGGAAUUUCUGUUUGGUCCUAACAGCACUUGUAAUGAUGAACAAUAACUUAAUGAAAAAUUUUGCUCUCACCAUGGACAGCUGUAGGAUUGCUGUUGUUGCACUUGUUGUCCAAAUAUCAUUCUGGCUGCAGAGUAAGCCUGUCUCCAAUAAAUGUAUUGGGACCCAAAAUAUUCAGAUCGUCGACAAAUCAGUCGGUGGAUCCCCAGUAACACACAGGGAUCAGGCGAGCAGUGCCUCCACCUGCUGUAGAGUCGGGGUACCUCGCUAUCUCCUGUCCCCAUCCUCCUCCUCAGGACCUCAGUCUGCAGUGAACAUUGAAGAGGAGUUGAGAAAGCCUUAUGUGGAGGCUUUCAGGUAUCUUAACGACGAGAAAGAUGUUACCAACAAGGAUCUUGUGACUGCCAUUCAGUACCUGGACACACUCAAUGGAGGGAUAGAGGUCCACAGAGGUGCUGCGAAUUUGAAUGAUGCAGUGGAUCACAUCCAGUGGAUGCGACAGAAGUCACGCCUGGAUGACUCUGGACUUCCCCGGGAAUACUCUUAUGAGGAGCUCCGUGACAUCGUGGUGGAGGGGAAUGGUUAUUCCCUAGAGGAUUUUGAGAGAGUGCUGGAAAAAUGCCUGGAAAACAAUGGUUUUCUCCCCUCUCCCAAAGAGUUUGUUGAAUUCCACGAUGACAUGAAAGGUAUAGUCCAACUGGAGAGAGAGGUGGCUGAGAAAAGUAGAGAGGUGGCUGAGACCAAGAGAGAGGUGGCGGAGAAAAGUAGAGAGGUGGCUGAGACCAAGAGAGAGGUGGAGGAGAAAAAUAGAGAGGUGGAGGAAACCACACAGGAAGUGGUGAAAACCCGACAUAAGAAUAAGUCACUCAGAGAGAUGCUGCAGCAGAAGGACCAGAUGUUACAACAACAUCGGGAAGCAUUAAAACUGGAGCGACGGAGAGUGAGGGAGAUGGAGCGGAACCCAGAGGGCGAGCUGCAGAGGCGACUCCGUGACCUGGAGGAAGAGAAUCGCCGUCUGUCCGCCCAGUCGGACCGUUCAGUUUGUAAGAUCUGUCGCGUGGAGGAGGUCCAGGUGUCCUUCAUUCCCUGUAAUCACCUGGUCUCGUGUCGGGAUUGUGUUAAUAAUCUCACAGAGAAAGUCUGCCCAUUGUGUAGGCAGACCAUUCAGAAAACGGUCACUGUGCUCUUAUCUUGAUCAACCAUUGUAUUGUUAAUAUGUAAGUGCUUUUUGGCAGCAGCUGCCUCUGUGAGUACAUGUGGCACUGUAAAUAUUCUUUCUUGUUUAUCCCAUUCAUCUCUGAAAGUUUGAAGCAAAACCUUCUGUUAGCAACUCAAGUUUUCUAAUUUGGAUUUUGUUUCAUUACUGGGGUUAAUUUCAAACACAGACAAUUAAUAUAUCUGUUAGUGUAUGUAGAUACCGUUUCAUUACUGGGGUUAAUUUCAAACACAGACAAUUAAUAUAUCUGUUAGUGUAUGUAGAUAUCGUUUCAUUACUGGGGUUAAUUUCAAACACAGACAAUUAAUAUAUCUGUUAGUGUAUGUAGUUCAUUCUUUGUUUUAUUGACGAUUAUAUCUAUAGUUAUGGAGAUGGUGUGGAUCAAAACCGACCAUUUUAUGCAAGAAGUACAAUGAAAUAGAGAACUUGGCUUUCUGAUUUUGAUUUCGUUUUAUUACUGGAGGUAAUUUUACAUGUUUGUACCUGUAUUUUAUUAGCAGAAAAUCAAGUAAAAGUAUUAUUUUUUGCAUGUUUUUUGGAUGUACAGGGCAUGAAAAUUUUGAGAAGUCAUUUAAGUCUUAAGAUGGUUUGUUCAUAUAUACAAUAUUUCAGGCCUCUAUUGUGAAUGAUUUGAAUGAUAUUUUUACCUGACUAUAUUACUUUUAAUGUUUGUGUACUAAAAGGUGAGGAAUGGCAGUGUUAUAAUAAUUUGUGUAUAGUAAUUGAAAGUGCUAAUUUUUGUCACAUUUUUAAAUGACAUCAUUCAAUUUUAGUAGUGUUCAUAUUCAUGUUAUUUAUAAUUUACAAUAUUCAUGGUGCAUUUUUAAUGAUAUGUAGAAUGGAGAUAUAUUUUUUUAAGAUAAGUUAUCGAUAACAUUUCUUAUGAUUAUGGUUUUCAUCUACAAUUUUUAAAAAAAUGCAAUUGUGAAAAUACGAAUGUGUUAGAUUCUGUUUUGCAAAUACAAAAAUAAGCACUAGGGCAUGAUAGCAAGUUGUACAUGUAUGUUAACAUGUGUUUAAUUGUUUCUGUUCUGAGUAUUUAAUUGUGUGUUCUGAUGUUUAUUCUUGACAAUUUAAUAAAAUAUAUUGUGUAGCAGGUUUUUCAUGGAGGCUGUGAUUUUGGCCAAUUUUGGCAAUUGGUUCUAAAUAGCGAAAAUAAUAAAUCAACAAAUUUAAGUGUUUUUAUAUCUAUAUAGUAGAUAUGGAAGAAUGAACAUAUUUACAACCAUCAAGAUUAUUGCUUUACUCUUCUUAGCUUUACGAAAUUUUACACCUGUUGAAAAACAACGUGCUAUGCAGUAUAUACCUAUGUAUGUUAAUGUUUUGCUUUGGCAGCAAAUGUUUGGACAAAGUUUUCAGGUAUUCAUAUGAAGUUAUUUGCAGCAACUUCCAUGAACAAACCUGCAGCAAAAAACAUCAGAUGUUUUUUGCUGCAAUUUCAUGACCAAUGAUAUUUUUAUACAAUAUGAAAAAAUGCAAUAAGAUAUAUUUGAAGAAAGACUUUAGCAGCUCUAGAAUCUUGUUUUAUACUUCAUAUAAAAUCAUUAUCAUUGCUUCAUAUCAUGUAUGUAUGUGUGCGUGUUCUUUUUCUGCACUGAAAGUUAAAUUUUAAAAUGAUGUGUGUUUAGUUCAGUCAAAAAUCCAUAUACAGUAUGUGUUCUUUAUAUUCAUUUUUUUGAAAAACCCACGAUGAAUACCGGUAGUUAGAUAAUGUACACACUUUGUAUGUAAGUUAUUUAUACCGGUAGUUAGAUAAUGUACACACUUUGUAUGUAAGUUAUUUAUACCGGUAGUUAGAUAAUGUACACACUUUGUAAGUAAGUUAUUUAUACCGGUAGUUAGAUAAUGUACACACUUUGUAUGUAAGUUAUUUAUACCGGUAGUUAGAUAAUGUACACACUUUGUAAGUAAGUUAUUUAUACCGGUAGUUAGAUAAUGUACACACUUUGUAUGUAAGUUAUUUAUACCGGUAGUUAGAUAAUGUACACACUUUGUAUGUAAGUUAUUUAUACCGGUAGUUAGAUAAUGUACACACUUUGUAUGUAAGUUAUUUAUACCGGUAGUUAGAUAAUGUACACACUUUGUAUGUAAGUUAUUUAUACUGGUAGUUAGAUAAUGUACACACUUUGUAAGUUAUUUAAGUUUUGGGUACCACUAUGACACUAGAUAUUGUACUGCUGCAUUUAAAUGUUAGACUUGAUCCAUGUUUAGGUGUGCUGACUGCUCUCUGAUAGUAAAGAGACAUAAAACAGAGCAGAUACACGAGAUAAGGACAAUUAACGCAGAGACGUGAGCACCUCCAUUUAAUAUUACACAAAAAAUGAUAUUCCUCUUGAUUGCUGGUAGAUCUGACUCUAUAGGAUAAGGCGAUUUAGAAUUUUAAAGGACUCUGUUUUCAAAUCGCCCUCAAUCUGGUCUUUCUAUUCUUUCCUUACUUUUCUCCUCUUAUUUCACUACUUUUGAAUAUACAAGUAGUUUCCUUACUAAGUUUAUAUUGAAUUUUUGUUUUGUUAUGAAUACAAGUAUUUGUGCGAUAAAAUCAUGAUUAGUGUCAUGUGAUAUCAAAAGUGCUGAAUGUAUUUUGAGAAUAAAAAUGUACAAUUAAAAAAAA